AUGGACGCCCUACACCUCCUACUCCCUAGACUGGAUCCAAACCAAGGUUGCACAGAAGCAACAUGCGAUCCCUCAAGAUCUAUCUACGGCUACCGACCCAGCCUUGCCGCAACAGCCAUCUCCCUGAUCAUCUUCGCUCUCUCCGGCAUUGUGUACAUCUUCCAAGGCAUCAAGAGCAAGACAUGGUUCUUCAGCGUCGCCAUGUUCCUGGGAUGCUUCAGCGAAACACUUGGAUAUGUCGCCAAAAUGCUGUUGUGGGAUGACCCCUUCUCGGACACGGGCUUCAAGAUGAGCGUUGUGCUCCUCACGUUCGCGCCGGCGUUUUAUUCUGCUGGAGUUUACUACACUUUGAAGCACAUCUGCCUAACAUUCGGCUCCAGCUUCAGCAGACUCCGUCCCUCAUGGUACACGUGGAUCUUCAUCUCAUGCGACGUCUUCAGCAUCAUUCUGCAAGCCGCGGGUGGGGCCACGGCAUCAGCAUCCGAAGACCAGGCAGUUCUAAAGAUCGGCGACAACAUCAUGAUUGCUGGCCUCGCCUUCCAAGUGUUCACCAUGGUUGUCUUCGGGAUAUUCGCAGCCGAUUAUGGAUUUGCCAUUCUGCGAAACCGCAACAGUCUGAACCCUGAGACCGCGAGCCUGCGCAACUCCCGCCGCUUCAAGCUCUUCAUUGUGGCGUUAUGGGUGUCAUACUUUGCCAUCUUGAUCCGAUGCGCGUAUCGCUUAGCAGAGCUGGCCAAGGGAUGGAGCGAUGACAACGAGAUCUUGAGGAAUCAGGGGCUUUUCAUCGGGCUGGACAGUGUGACUUGCGCGAUUGCGACUAUUGUGCUGAAUAUCUGGCAUCCAGGAUGGUGUUUCCCCAAGGAGAGUCAAGACCUGGCUGAGAAGCUUGCUUCAGAGAGCAGCAGCGAUGAGGAGGCGAGAAUCUAG